AUGAAAUCAGGCUGCCAAUCACAGACGAGGAAGGAACUGAGAGCGGCCAACAUUGACGUCCAAGGGCGCUUCGUGACGUCCAACGCGACGCGCAAAGCCGGCAGCAAGAUAACCACUUACCUGACCCGAAACAAUGUCACGCUCACCAGUACGUUCACCAGGUAUCAACCCAAGGUGUCGCCCUUCGAUGGCAAAGCCUUCAAGAAAUGCAGCGUGGUUGGCAACAGUGGCCUGCUGAUUAACAGUGCGUGCGGCCACGAAAUCGAUGUUGCCGACUACGUCUUCAGGAUAAAUGUACCUGAGAUGGACCCAUACAUUCAGGACGUUGGGUACAAGACCAAUUUCACCACUCUGAAUCCAAGCAUUUUCAAGCGAAAGAAUAAUUAUUUCGCCAGCACACGUCUGACCGACAAAUUCAACCAAGACAUAUCACAGUACCAGGGCUUGCUGAUGUUUCCAUGUUUCAGCGACGCAGCCUGGGUGCCCAUAUGCACCCGGGCCCUGCAGCGAUUGACGCCGAAGAAGUCCCUCAGCAUCGCCUUCGGAGAUCCGGACCAGUUUUCCCUGAUCCGGAAUUAUUGGGUGACAAAGGGACUACAGAAGUAUCCUUCCACCGAGAUAGCCACAGCCGCUAUUGCUCUGUGUGAGGAGGUGCAUCUGUACGGCUUCUGGCCCUUCGUGGAUUCCUCCAUGCCCCACGUCACCACGCACCCGGUCAAGUACCACUACUUCGACAACACGCACAUGGUGCGGACCCACGACAUGCAGGCCGAGUUCGAGCUGCUGACCCGCCUGCACCAAGUCGGCGUGCUGCGGCUGCACAUUCGGGCCUGCUCACCGGAACGGGCUGGGUUGGGAACAGGUGACGGGGACACCGUGAAGGGAAUGAAUCGUGAGCCCGUCGACAAGCAGCAGAAGAGGAUCGUCAUUGAGAAACUCUGGGACAAUGUUUGAGCCCCAAAAGAGAGGAAAAGCAAUCCUCUCUGCCCAAAAGUGCCUUUUUAAAGUGCAUUAUGCCCUCAUGCCUGUUAACUUCCAAGGCGACCAAUUUAACAAGCUUCGAGGAUAGACACUAACAUCUAUCUUCGUUUUAAAUACAAACUUGUGCAAAAUGUGAUUUGCAGUCUUGUUUGUAUAAAUGCUUUGAAUCGUCGUCUUAAAAAACCGACCUAUUUUGUAGAUGCUUGUAUGUGGUAUCAUACCUUUUACUGCUUAUGGUCCACAGUUCUGGUGCCAUAGAAUAUUAAGGACUGACUCGUCAAACUUUUAGAGUAAUACUGCGGACAUAUUCUAUUAGUGGUAAGACCUACGUAUAACUACAUUCAACUUAGCUUUACUACUCAAUAUCAAACGGAUACCGUCACUUUGUAAAAACGGAGAUCCGGAGUUAAGCCGAUUCGCCGCAGUAAAAACGUAGCAAACGGCAUUGCAGAACUUUUCAAGAAUAUAGGACUUUACUUCAAAUCUCCAAUCCAUGUUUGUUCUUGAAUAAUUCUUUUGAGGAAUUUACUAAUAACAUGUAAAUACAGAUCGUAAUUUAUGAAAUCUUCUCAAUUUAAAAAAAAAACCCAGGGCAGUAUACCCUAUUAUGUAUGCGAUAAUA